AUGGCGCCCACAAGCCCUUAUAUCUGCCUCAAUUGCAGAUGGGCUCCCCGAUACAGAUUAAAUCAACUUCAACUCCGUCGCAAUUUCUCUUUCUCUCCGCGUCACCACCAAAUCCUACGACCCGCAACAGCCCCAAAGCCAACACCCGACCUUAAACACAUCCGCCAGAAUCCAGAGCGCUAUGCCCAAAACUGCAUUGAGCGAAACUAUGCCGGUCAUGCAGGAUAUCCUUUGCAAAUCCAGGCUCUCUCCGAAGAAGCGCGACAACUCGAUCAUGACCUGAAGACACCCCGGUCCCGCGUCAAGCAGCUCGAAAAAACGAUCGCAAAGCUCUCAAUCGCCGCUCGCGCUGGCACAGAGACCAACAACGAGACAGGAGACAAAGCGGAGCAGACAGAUAUUGAGGCCUUAAAAGCAGAAGCCCAGCAACUAAAAGACGAAUCAGCCGCUAUGACAGCCCGCAAGUCAACCUGCACCGAAGAAAUCACCCGCCUAGCUCUAUCCCUACCCAACCUCUCCUCCUCCGAAACACCAGUCGGCGACAUCCCCCGCUUAAUAAACUACCUCAACUUCGAUCCCGCCAACCCUCCAAAAUGGACAUCCCAGUCCCCCUCCGAGCUCCAGGCCCGCUCCCACGUCACAAUCGGCACAAACCUCGGCCUCCUCGACUUCACCAGCUCCGCCACAACAACCGGAUGGGGCUGGUACUUCCUCAUCAACGAGGGCGCAAUGCUUGAACAAGCACUGGUGCAGUACGCGCUAAGCGUCGCGCGCAGACGAGCCUGGAAACCCGUUUCGCCGCCCUCGAUCGUGUACUCGUACAUCGCCGAGGCGUGCGGGUUCCAGCCUCGCGACCAGCACAACGAGCAGCAGAUCUGGGGCAUCGAGCAGAGCGAACGCGACCGCGACAGCAAGCCUCAGCGGUCGCUGACGGGCACAGCGGAGAUCCCGCUGGCAGCCAUGUAUGCCGGGCGGGACAUCGGGGCGAGCGAGCUUCCCUUGAAGCUUGCAGGAUCCAGCAGAUGUUAUCGGGCGGAGGCCGGGUCGCGCGGCGUGGAUACGAAAGGAUUGUACCGCGUGCACGAGUUUACGAAGGUGGAGCUGUUUGCGUGGGCGGAUAACGUCGAUGUCGACUCUUCUGCGAAGGCUAAAGCCGAGGCUACCGCUACCGCUUCGUCGGAUGACCUGUUCGCCGAGCUACUGGAUAUCCAGACGGAGAUUCUGACGUCCCUUCAUCUGCCUUGCCGUGUGCUCGAGAUGCCUACGGGUGAUUUGGGUGCGAGCGCGACCCGCAAGCGGGAUAUCGAGGCUCUUUUCCCGUCGCGGCUUCGUUCGUCUGCGUCGUCGGAUGUCGUGGACCCUGCGAUCCAGGAGCUCGAGUCUGCCUGGGGGGAGGUUACGUCUGCUUCUAUCUGUACGGAUUAUCAGAGCCGACGACUUGCGACUCGGGUCCGCGGCGGUGCGGCGAAGGACUCUCGAUUCCCGCAUACUGUGAAUGGCACGGCGAUGGCUGUGCCGCGGGUUUUGGCUGCUAUUUUGGAGAAUAGGUUUGAUCCUAUACGGGGUGUCGUGGUUAUUCCGGAAGUUUUGCGCCCGUGGAUGGACGGCAUGGAAACGAUUGGGGCUAAGCAGUAG